CCACUCGGGUUUUCGAAAGAUAGUCAUUGCCCUUUAAAAUUUCACAAGUCAUGUUAUUUAGCAUUUUCUUUGUUUUCAAAACUUUAUGACAUUUGCAUUUUUGGUUAGCCUUUUUUUUUUUUGGAAACUCCAGGAUAACCUUUCGGGUGAGCAGUGGUAAAUUCUCUCCUAUUCAUGGGGACUGCACUAGACAAAUUCUAUGUGUCAUGCUAACUUAAAAGACCCUAUGACAAAUUCUAUGAGAUAGACUAGACUCAGAAGACAUUGAUAGAGGAUAUUAGCGGAUUUGGAAAAUGGUUAUUUGUGGAUAAGACAAUUUUGGUUGGACCAAAGUAUUUAUGCCCAAUCAGCACGCUCUUCCAUUGAUCAUGUAAAAAUCUGUUCGAUAAUUCUUCCCGCCAAAGUCCGUCGUGAUUCAUCUAAGUCCCAAAUUACAGUGAAGAGUUUCGAUUUAUGGAGCUCAACAUCCAUAUUAUUUUUUCUAUGUGUUUCUGAAUAAGAAAUCAAAUGUUCUAACGACCAUGGCCUUAGUUUUUGGUUGCACUGUAAAUUCUCAAGACCCUUCUGUCUUUCACAAAAUCCAGACCAGUAACUCAACCAAACAAUUCAAUUUCAAUACUUUAAUCACCAAAACUAGUUCCCAACAGUCCCUUUACGCCAAAAUCAUAUCUUUAUGUUCUUCUUCAAUACCCUCUAAGGAUAUGAGCUAUAUCCACUCUCUUUUCACUCAAAUGCAUGACCCAGAUAUCGAUGUUUAUAAUUCUUUAAUCAAAUGUGUUUUAAGUUCUAAAUGUAAGGAAAAUGCCUUACUUGCUUUGUUAAUGUAUGUUGAAAUGAUGUGUAAAGGGUUAGAUUUGGAUAAAUACACGUACCCUCUUGUUAUAAAGGCGUGUGUAGGGUUACGUGAGCUAAGAUAUGGCAGAUUGGUUCAUGCCCAUGUGAUAAAAAAUGGGUUUGUGUUGGAUUUGUAUGUAGUGAACAAUUUGAUGCGUUUGUAUGGUGUUUGUGGGUGUGUUGGGAGUGUAAGGAAGGUGUUUGAUAGAAGUUCUGUGAGAGACUUGGUAUCUUGGACUAUUUUGAUUCAGGGGUAUGUGGACAAUGGUUAUUGGAAGGAAGGAGUGGAUUUGUUUUUUGAGAUGGUAGAUGACAGGUUAAGGGCUGACGAGAGGAUGAUGGUUGUUGUGAUAUCUGCUUGUGCAAAAUUAGGGGAUUUGAGAUUGGGACAGAAGUUGCACAAGUAUGUGCAGAGUCGUAAGUUGAGUUUCGAUGUGUUUCUUGGGAAUGCAUUGGUCGAUAUGUACUUAAAAUGUGGUGAACGCGAUGUUGCUCUUAAUGUUUUCAGAGAGAUGCCGAUGAGAAAUGUGAUCUCUUGGAAUACAGUAAUAUCUGGAUUGGCUCAAAGAAAGGAGUUUAAACAGGCCUUGAGUGUGUUUAAUGAAAUGCAGGAUCAAGGAGUAAAGCCUGAUGAGAAUACUUUAGUUGGUGUUCUAAACUGUUGUAGCAAUUUAGGGGCGCUAGAAGUUGGGAAAUGGGUGCACACAUAUAUAGAUAGAAAUCGGAUACAAGUAGCUGGGUUUGUGGGCAAUGCUCUUGUAGAUAUGUAUGCAAAGUGUGGAAGCAUGGACGAUGCCCUUAGAGUUUUUGGAAGUAUGACUACUAAAGAUGUUUAUUCAUACACAUCCGUUAUAGUUGGUUCGGCCACACAUGGAAAGGCACGGAUGGCACUUAAGUUUUUCUAUGAGAUGCUUGAUAUUGGUAUACAACCAAAUGAAGUCACAUUUGUAGGUGUUCUCACAGCUUGCAGUCAUGGAGGACUGGUGGAAGAGGGUCACAAGUUCUUUACAGAUAUGUGGAGAGUGCACAAGUUAAAACCUCGAAUAGAGCAUUAUGGCUGUAUGGUUGAUCUGUUGGGUCGUGCAGGUUUGAUAGAUGAAGCAAUGGAGUUUGUGAAACACAUGUCAAUUGAACCUGAUGCUUCUAUUUGGGGAUCGAUAUUAGCAGCAUGUAGGAUCCAAGGAAAAGUUGAUCUCGCUGAGCAUGUGACUGAGAUACUUGUCAAUAUGGAGUCUGAAAAAGAUGGUACAUACAUACUGAUGUCAAACACAUAUGCUUCAGUCAGUAAAUGGAAAGAUGCUUUAGAAGUAAGAAAAGCAAUGAAGAGACAGAAAAUAAAGAAAGUCCCUGGAUGUAGCUCCAUUGAACUUGAUGGUGUUGUUUCCGAAUUUAGGAGAUGCGACAAAGCCCAUCCACGAAGUAAAGACAUAUAUGUGAUGGUUGAGCAAUUGACAUUUCAUCUAAUUGGUACAGAGGCCUCAUCAGACGGAAGUGAGUCUUGCAUAGUUUGAAUGGUGCAAAGAAACUGCAAUUAUUACCUGAGUUGAAUGGUUAGUUAGAUAGGACACUUGUGCAACCACUGCUCUUCUAUACAUUGGUACUCUGUUUUACUCAGCUUGCCUCUUUUUCCUGAACGAAGCCCACAUAAAUGCUCUGUGCAAUGAAAUAGGUAGCUUUAUCUGAAAAUGAAAUUUUGUCAAGUUGAUCUCAGGCUCCAAUUCUUGACUUAUAUUGCACGAAUUAUUUAGAAGCUUUGCCACUUAAAAAAGCUUUAGGACAAUUCCUUCGUACAUUUUGUAACAAAAAUUUUAGAAUAAUAAAGUAUUUACACAUAGCUCAUGAGUCGUGGGCAAUUCGUUACAAGAAACUUUUGUGACAUCAUCUGUGAUUAUUGUUGGUAUACUUGCACUUUGCAGUUUGCACAUCAAACAUUACAUGUAUAAGUAAAUACAGCUUGCCAUUA